GCGCAAGAGAGGUACAAAGAGAGCCAGGUGGUUCAGGCUUCUCCCCAGGAGUGCUACACGAAGUCGGCAAAAAAACUCAAGUGGAAGGCGGACGCUCUGGAGAGAGCUUCCAAGGCAGAGUUGGAUGCGGAACACAAGCUGGAGGUCGCCAGGGAGGCCACGAAGCGCGCGGCUUUGGAGCACGCCAGGGCCAAGCAGGAGCACGAGGAAGCGGUGGCUCGUGUGGCGGCGGAGGCCAACAUCCAGCAUGUCCCGCAGGGCUACACGUCGGACGGCAAGAGAGUCGUCUUCGCGGUGGAUGACACGCUGUUCCAGGACAUCGGCGCUUUUGCCGAAGAAGAGCAGCGUGUCCUUCGGGCCCUGGAGGCCAUGAUCAAGGAACAGUGCGACCAGGUGGCGGCCAUCCAGAAGGCAGUCCACGAACAGUUCGCAAAGGUCAAGGAUAUUCGCUCGGGCGCAUCCAAGAGACAGCGCACGGGCGAGCAAGGUCAAUCUGCAGUGGGUACAGGAGGCACCAUGGAGUACGACUCGGAGCCAGAGGACCAGCACGGGGAGGCCAAGAGCCCCGCGCAUCCGAAUGAGGACUCCCCCGACCUACUGGCGGCAGCGGAAGCGGACAGAGCAGCGGCAUUGGAGGCUGAGCGCAAGAGGAUCGCUAGCAAUGCCAAGGCUGGCGGCGGCAAAGGGCACAAGUUUCGUGGUCCGAACGAGAAGACCCUGAUCAGAUUGGCGGCCUUCCCCAGCCAGGUAAAGGAGUCCUGGUUGGUGAUGGGCGACUGGAAUAUGCAUCCCUCGGAGUGGUCAAAGACAUCAUGGCUAGAGAAGCUGGACGCCCUGGUCUGGGAGCAGGCUCGGAUGCUAGAGAAGACUCAGGACUCACGCCUGGGAGAAAAUCGGGAACUCUUCCCGCAUUUCCUCCAGGACAGGGGCGCACCAGCCAGGUGCAGGCUGGCUUCCAGCUGCGCGAGUUGGGCGACAACGCUGGAGGAGGCCACCAUCAUCACACACAAGCUCGAUCAGCAGGAGGCCGACAAGGUCAGGGGCAGAGCCAAGGGCUUUGCGUUCAAAUGGGCGCGGACGCGUGCCACCCCCGAUCGCCCGCAUCUGCGCGAUCCAGUGGCGGAGUGGUGGAAUAUUUGCAGUGCGCUAGCCAAUCGAGCUGGAGUGUUACGUCGGUCGCAACGAAUAUCCGAUUUACAGGUGGUCUUCAACAAGAUCGAAGGCCUGUUGAGCAUCAAUAACGUCGCGGACAGGUUUACGAUUUUCCACGACGAGGACAAGUUCAAGUGCUGGUUGGGCAUGGUGGCCGUGAUUUCAGAGUUGGAUGACACGGGCUUCUCGGAUUUGCAGCAGAUGACAAAUCAGUUCCUCAGCCGAGCUAUUGGACGAUCUCUAUCUAAAGCGAGUAAGAGCUUCCAGCUGUGGAUGAUCCGCAUGUGGAAAUCGACUCCAGGGGUCAUCCACAGGUACACGCGUGGAGUGCUGGACAAGGCCGACGAGAUCAUUGUCACGGAUCGCGUCUUUGGCUCUCCCAGCGAUAUCAUGGAUCACCGCGCUGACAGUUGGCAGAAGGUGUGGAGCAGUGACAGCUUCAGUGCUGACAAGUUAAGCUUCGG